UGGACGCCGAGGAUUCCGAAGAAAGGGAAAGGCGGAUACAGAGGAGGAGAUUGCGAGACCACACCAAUGUAAUGGAACUACCUGAAACUGAGUAAGUUCAAGAUUAGCAAAUAAUUUUUGUAUGCUACAAUGUAUUCGUUUCUAGAUUUGUUGCAAAUUUCCGAAUCAAUAAAGAAAUAUUCCAAUACAUAUUAAACGAAUUAAAAGAUCACAUGGCUCCAUCACAUAGAAGCACCCACCUAUCGCACCAGCUAAAACUCGCGACUUUUUUAAGAUUUCUCGCCACCGGCAGUUACCAAAAAUCUGUUAAUAACGAAAAUAUUUCGUCGAUGGGGCAGUCAACUGCAGCCAACGUGAUCAGAGAAUGCCUAAAUAUUUUUGGGGACCAUUUUUGCCAGAAAUGGGUGAAUUUUAGGAGAAACAUAGAUGAGGAAAAUGCAGUUAAAGAAUAUUUCUUUGAGAAAUACUGAAUACCUAGGGUUAUUGGUUGUGUUGAUGGAACACACGUUCGAAUUAAGUCGCCUGGAAGUGACAACCACCAUUUAUACCUCAACCGCAAGGGUUUUUACAGUAUUAAUGUAAUGGCGAUAUGCGAUCACAACAUGGUAAUCACAUUUGUUGACGCUAGGCAUCCAGGGGCGAAUCAUGAUUCAUUUGUUUGGAAUGUGAGUCACGCAGAACAGGAGCUAAAAUCUGAUUAUAACAAUGGAAAAACCAACACAUGGCUACUCGGUGAUUCUGGUUACCCCUUGCAGCCAUACUUGAUGACGCCAUUCAGAAGCGCAGCCGAUGAAAUUCAACGAAUUUACAACACAAAGCACUCGAAAGCUCGUAAUGUAAUUGAGAUAUGUUUCGGUGUUUUGAAAAACCGAUUUCGAUGUAUAAUUGGCUCGAGAGGGCUACACUAUUCACCAGAAAAAGUUACACAAAUUGUAAAUGUGUGCUGUGCUAUUCAUAACGUUUGUAUAUUUUUCAAACAUCAAAUUCCAUUGGAGAGCCCAGAUAUGGAGAAUCUUGUUAGUUACGAAGAAGAACUGGAAAAAAGUAACAUUUCGAAUACAGCUGCCCUUAUUAGAAUGAGAAUAGCAGAGAGUUUGUUAUAAUCGCAGUUUUAUUAUAAAGUAUGUGUGUUUAGAAUUCAGGUACACCAGCAAAAUUCAUUUGUCUUAAAAUUAAUAAAAUAUUUACAUAAAAAUUCAACAAAAUAUCUUUUCAGUCUUAAAUCCUAAAUCUACAUAUAAACUAAGUAAAUGCAACAAAAUAUCAAUUCACACUUAAAUUUAAAAAAUAUUUACACAAAAAAAAA